UACAGGCAUUUUGAAAUGUCAAACCCGGGAAAAGACUUGUAGGUUUUUGUGUAGCUGGGCUGAUGCUUGGCCGGAGGAGAGCAAGAUGGUCGGGCGAUUGAGGGGCACUAGAGUGAGUCACCUUCCUGCCACCAUGCACGACAGGAUUGACUGGACGCUGAUCACGGCUUUCGUUGAGCGAUGGCAGCCGGAUACGAACUCGUUCCACCUUCCGUUCGGUGAGAUGACGAUCAUGUUGCAUGACGUCGAGGCCAUCCUUGGGAUUCCCGUGGAGGGAAACCGAGCAUCUGUCGUCACUGAUGCAGAUCAGACAGAUUUACUAGCGGAGCUGUUGGCGGUGGAUAGGGCUGCGCUGUACACAUCGGCACUUGGUGUGUGGGAUCACGGCGGCGUUAAGAUCGCAGCCGUCUUGCAGCGAUGUUUGCACCCUACGGCACGUAGGACGCAGGACACACAGCUGGCUGCAUAUGUUUUUCUUCUUCUCGGGUGUACCUUGUUUCCGGAUAAGAGCGGGAACAAGCUCAGGCCACGCGACAUAGUUGACGCGUGUGAGCCCGACAGAGUAGGCCAGUUUUCUUGGGGGUCGGCUACGCUGGCGUAUCUGUAUCGCCAGUUAGGAUUCUCGAGCCGGGCUGAUGCAGCAAGUAUCACUGGAUGUCUGACGUUGUUACAGACCUGGAUAUACGAGUAUUUUCCUGCGUUUCGACCACACCGCGACCCGGUUCCCAUUGGUGAUGGCCAGCCACGUGCCUGUGCGUGGAGUCCGCGUGUCGAGAAGAAGUCCGUUGACCGCCUGCGCUCCAUACGGUUAUCGCUUGACAGGAUGUCCCCCUUAGAGGUGAACUGGAUGCCUUUCGGCCAGAACCCUAGUAAUAGGGUACCUAGGACCCUCUACACCGGACUGAUUCAGUAUCGCGAGAUCGUAGAGGCGUACAUGCCGCAGCGCUGUCUUCGCCAGCUUGGAUUUGUCCAAGUUGUCCCACCUCCACCGGCAUGGCCCAGUAAGGCGGUACGAUCUGCGUCGUCGAAGGAGUACGUCGUCCAAUGGCCGGCAAACAUGAUAUCCAUGUGGGAGCAGUUUCCGAUGGUUGCCCGCCUAUGGACGGCGGAGCUGCAGCGGCCGCCAAGUGGGGUGACUGCCAUGUGUGACCAGCACUACAUGGAAUAG